GAAACGCCGCCUUGUUUUUGAAGCAUGCACAUAUUCUCUGGACUUCAUAUUUGCAGAGCGGGACGGAUCGUGUAACGCUUUUGCUAUCACAGCGCGAGGCAGAGGAUAGCAGAGAGGAUGCUUCGAGAAGAGUGGCUGUUGCAGUGCAUGUGCCGUAAGAUGGAGACAUAUUGGGGCUAAGGAUCGUAUCACGGAGGAAAUAUGUUGAUCUACACAGGAUGCAUGCUUUCCCUGGCGUCGUUUCUCGCCUGUAAUAUGUAGCGACGACCGAGCAGCUUUUGCUUUGAGGCUCCCGUGAAAAGCGUCUCUCAUCCCCGGCUGGAGCAGAGCAACCUCCCCCAGGUUCAGUGUCGAUGUGACGGAGAGAUAUGCCCCGCUAAAAGUGCGCUGUCCGCGGUGCUGAAGGGAUCCCGCAGCUCCUCGGGUCCUGACCUUCUCUCCCCAAAAUCCUCCUCCCGCAACAAGACACAGGAAGGUGGGCAAAAAAAGCAGGCCACCGCACAUGGACAGCUGCUGGGCUUGACUUGAGUCAGCCUGGACACUAUUCUCUUUCAUGGCUGUGGCACGCAAAAUCAAAACUUUGCUGACCGUCAACAUCUUGGUGUUCGUGGGGAUUAUCCUGUUCUCGGUGUACUGCAGGAUCCAGGACCGGUCCGAGGAGAUCAUCCAGAUGGGGCGUAUGACCGACCAGAGGCUGCGAGCCAGGAAUGGUAAAGUUUCCAACUUGGUGGACAGGCAGUCUAUUCUGCAGAGGCUGGAGAGGCUGGAGGACGUGGUCUACAACCAGCUGAACGGUUUGGCAAAGCCCAUGGGUCUGGUUGAAGGUCCCGGAGGUCUCGGUCAGGGCGGGGCUGCUGCCACUCUGGGAGAAGACAGUCUCGAUGUGGAGGGGAAAUACGAGGAGUACGGAUACAACGCUCAGCUCAGCGACCGCAUCUCCCUGGACCGGAGCAUCCCCGACUACAGGCCCAAGAAGUGUAAGCUGUUGACGUACGCAGAGGACCUUCCUCAGAUCUCCGUGGUCUUCAUCUUCGUGAACGAGGCUCUGUCAGUGAUCCUGCGCUCCGUGCACAGCGUGGUCAACCACACACCGGCUCACGUGCUCAAGGAGAUCAUCCUGGUGGACGACAACAGUGACAGCGUGGAGCUGAAAUUCAACUUGGAUCAAUAUGUGAACAAACGCUACCCGGGCCUGGUGAAGAUCGUGAGGAACAGCAAACGGGAAGGUCUGAUUCGAGCCAGGAUUCACGGCUGGAACGCCGCCACGGCUCCUGUGGUCGGAUUCUUUGAUGCCCACGUCGAGUUCAACACCGGCUGGGCUGAACCCAUCCUGACCCGGAUGAAGGAGGAUCACACGCGCAUCAUCCUGCCCGCCAUUGACAACAUCAAGUACAACACGUUCGAGGUGCAGCAGUACGCCAACGCCGCCCACGGGUACAACUGGGGGCUGUGGUGCAUGUACAUCAUCCCCCCCCAGGAGUGGCUGGACAAGGGAGACGAGACGGCCCCUAUUAGAACUCCAGCUAUGAUUGGCUGCUCCUUCGUGGUCGAUCGGGAAUACUUUGGAGAGAUCGGUCUUUUGGAUCCGGGCAUGGAGGUCUACGGAGGCGAGAACAUUGAGCUUGGCAUGCGGGUGUGGCAGUGUGGAGGCAGUAUGGAGGUCCUUCCCUGCGCCAGAGUGGCUCACAUCGAGCGAACCAAGAAGCCCUACAACAACGACAUAGAUUACUACGCCAAGCGCAACGCACUGCGGGCCGCCGAGGUGUGGAUGGAUGAAUACAAAUCGCACGUCUACAUGGCCUGGAACAUCCCCAUGAACAACCCCGGGGUGGAUUUCGGAGAUGUCUCAGAGCGCGUGGCCCUGAGGAAGAGGCUCCAGUGUCGGAGUUUCCGCUGGUACCUCGAACACGUCUACCCCGAGAUGCGGAUCUACAACAACACCAUCACAUACGGAGAGGUGAGGAACAGCAAAGCGAGCGGCUACUGUCUGGAUCAGGGAUCUGAGGACGACGACAAAGCCAUCCUCUACCCCUGCCACGGCAUGUCCUCCCAGGGAGACCUGCAGCACGUUGGUUACACAUGA